UGCGUGCUUGUGUGUGAGUGUUUCUGAAGGGUUUCGGAUUGGAGAUGAAGAGAGAAAAAAGGGCAGUUUUGAGGAAGUGACGGACGGCGCACAGGGGACUGGUCAGAGGAAGUUUGCUCGGUGCUGGUGCCGUGCUGCUGCUGAGCCAAACUUUUCCCCCUUUUUUUUUUUUAGCUCCGGCGACACCGCGGAUCAGGAAGGGACGGAUCCAGCGGCUGGGGGAGCGUUUGUUUCCUUUCUUCCGCAGCAGUACUGAGGAAUAACUUGGGAGAGAGAUUGGGAGAAAAAAAGAAGGGAUCGUAGAGGAAUUUCACUCCUGCAACCAAACCCCCCCCCUCCCCUCCUCCUCUCCCCUUUACCCCCCCUCUUUCCCUCUCUGUUCCCCCCGCGCCUCCUCCGAUUUUUCUCCGGGAUCUGCGAUGGGGAAGGAGCAGGAGCUUCUCGAGGCGGCUCGCACGGGAAACCUGGCCGCAGUGGAGAAGCUUUUAUCCGGGAAGAGACAGUCAGCUGGCACCGGCGGUGGAUCGUCUGGGACCGGGGGAAGCGGCAACAGCGGCGGCCACGCCACCUCCUCUCAUCCGCUCUCCAGUCUGCUCAGUAUCUGGAGAGGCCCCAAUGUGAAUUGUGUGGACAGCACUGGAUACACCCCCCUUCACCACGCAGCCCUGAAUGGACACAGCGAGGUGGUGGAGGCACUGCUACGAAACGAGGCCUUGACCAACAUCGCCGACAACAAGGGCUGCUACCCUCUCCAUCUGGCUGCAUGGAAGGGAGAUGAACAUAUCGUCAAACUGCUCAUUCACCAAGGACCUUCGCACCCCAAACUCAACGAGCAGAGCUCUGUAGACCAUAAAGAGUUCAAACGCUGUGGGCCCUUUGACCCCUAUAUUAAUUCCAAGAACAAUGACAACGAAACGCCACUGCACUGCGCUGCCCAGUAUGGCCACUCCCGGGUGGUGCGGCUGCUGCUGGAGGAGCUGACAGACCCCACCAUGAGGAACAACAAGUUUGAGACCCCGCUGGACCUGGCCGCACUGUAUGGACGCCUGGAGGUAGUGAAGCUGCUGCUGAGUGCCCACCCCAACCUGCUCAGCUGCAACACCAAGAAACACACACCGCUGCACAUGGCCUCCCGGAACGGACACCUGUCUGUGGUGGAGGUGCUGCUGGAUGCUGGCAUGGACAUCAACUAUGAGACGGAGAAAGGCAGUGCCCUCCACGAAGCGGCCCUGUUCGGGAAAACAGAUGUGGUACAAAGACUUCUCAGUGCAGGUAUUGAUGUGAACAUUGUUGACCAAAAGGGCCUGACAGCGCUGGAUACUGUCAAAGACAUGCCCUCCCAGAAGAGCAGACAGAUAGCUGCUCUCAUCCAAGGUCACAUGAUUGGAAAACCCCCUGACAUUGACCUUCCUCCUCCACCAAUCCCUCCGCCUCAGGAGAGUCCCAGCCCUCGGAAAAGGGGUGAUCUAGAGAAAAUGAGUGAGUUGAUCUCUGGGCUGGCCCCAGGGCCCGAGGAGGAGAGUCCAUAUGAAGCUCUGUUCGAAGCCACCUCUUGCCACUCUCUGGACAGCCUCACCAGCGGCAAAUCCUCUGACAGGGACUCUGGACGGCCAGAUAGUGAAGCUGGCAAGAAAGAUCGCCUGGUUCACUCAUCACAUCCUGGCCCUGGUCAUGAAGAAGAGAUGAGCUCGGAGGCCUUGUACAUUAACAGCAGUAUCGAUGAGCGAGGAGAGACAGCGGCUGAGGAGGAAGAGGAUCACACAUAUGAGUUGUUGCUGACUGCACAGACCAAAGUCCCACUGCCCAGCCAUGAACCCCGAUCUCACAAAGAUGAAAAAACCACUAUAAAGUCUUCCAACAGUGUCCUACCUCAGCGUAAACCCACUGCUCCAAACGACCUCAGAGGCCCGAGCAAGACGAAAGACAGUCUGCACCCUCCUGGACGGGCGGGCCCACGGGCAUCAAGAGAUAAGUCCCAGCUCAGCGAGGAUCAGGAAGCAGGUGUCCCAGAGCAGUUCACCGGCCUCCUGCACGGAUCAUCCCCUGUGUUCGACUCCCGGGAGGAGCCCCUUAGACUUCCAGGUGCUCUGCCACCCAGCCAGGGCCAGCCAGAGUCAAGAGGAUCUGCCAAAGCUAAAGAGGAAGUAGCAGCAGCUGCACCGCCACCCAGCCGUCCCAGUAUGGCCGCUAUCCUGACAGACUGUGAUCCAAAGGCAAUUUAUGCGACUGUGAACAAGGAGCCCAGGGACUCAGGGGCCGGGGCAGUGUCUGCUGGCAGGAUGCGCCCUCCUGGGGACCUGAAGCUGGCACGCAGCCUCUCCAAGUCAGACUCAGACUUGCUUGUGUCACCUCCUAGUGAGGAGGAAGGAGGACUGGGAAACCGUAGCGAGUCUGUAUCUAACUGUAGUACUGGCAAGAAGAGGCUUGAGAAAUCUCCAUCUUUCACGUCAGAAUGGGACGAGAUCGAGAAGAUCAUGACACUGAUUGGUGCUGGCAUCGAUUUUUCCAGAGAUCAGCAGUAUGCUACACCAGGUGCUGCAGGCCGGCUGCUGGACCAGCCUGUUGGAGACUGGCUGGAGCACGUGGGGCUGCCGCAGUACGAGAGCAAACUACUCCUCAACGGAUUUGACGACCUGCACUACAUGGGAAGCAAUGUAAUGGAGGACCAGGACUUAAGAGAGAUUGGGAUCAUAGACCCAAGCCACAGAAAAAAGAUCCUGCAUGCAGCACGUUCCUUACCCAAGGUGAAAGCGCUGGGCUGUGAUGGCAGCAGCUCCCUGUCCUCCUGGCUGGAGAAUCUGGGCCUGCACGAGUACUUACACAACUUCCUGGCCAGUGGCUACCGCACUCUGGACUGUGUCAAAAACCUUUGGGAACUGGAGAUUGUCAAUGUGCUAAAGAUCACCCUACUUGGUCACAGGAAACGCAUCAUUGCUUCCUUAGCAGAGAGGCCCUAUGAGGAGCCUCCUGUCAAGCCUCCUCGUUUGUCUCAGAUCAGGUGCCAAGACCUGCCUGGAUCCCAGACCUCAUCUCCGCUUAAUCUGAUGGAGUCUUACACAGGACGCUCAAUGGACCCUCUGCUGCCAGUUGGAGAACCAGGGAGGAAAAAAGUGCCAGAUACCGACUAUGACGUCACCCAAAGACAUCGCAGUGAACGACACAGAUCGCAUGAGCGGUAUGAAGAACGGCAUCGAGAACCACGUCUGACCCUGCGGCCGCCUAGUCUGGCAGCACCGUACGCUCCAGUCCAGAACUGGCAUCACCAGCCAGAGAAGCUCAUCUUUGAAUCAUGCGCCUACGAAGCCAAUUACCUCGGUUCUAUGCUUAUUAAGGAUCUGCGAGGUACUGAAUCCACCCAGGACGCUUGUGCCAAAAUGCGGAGGUCGACAGAACAAAUGAGAAAAGUCCCGACCAUCGUCCUCUCCAUCACGUACAAGGGUGUGAAGUUCAUUGAUGCAGCCAAUAAGAACAUAAUUGCAGAGCAUGAGAUCCGUAAUAUUUCAUGUGCAGCCCAGGACCCAGAAGACUUGUGCACAUUUGCUUACAUCACUAAGGACCUGCAGACCAGCCAUCACUACUGCCACGUGUUCAGCACAGUAGACGUGAACCUGACCUAUGAGAUUAUACUGACGCUGGGGCAGGCAUUUGAGGUAGCCUAUCAGCUGGCUCUGCAGGCCCAGAGGACCAAACAGCACCAGAACCUUCCAGUGGGACCCGGUUCAGAUGUCGUUGAGACCAAGUCCAGCCGACCUGUACCCAAACCACGAGGCAGCGUACGGAAGUCAGGGGGAGACAUUGUGGACCAGGAGGGGGAUUCUCAGUCCCAGGGCAGCGCCACGUGGCUCGUGGACCCCAAGGAAUCCAAGCGCACCAUUAGCACUAAGUACGAGACCACCAUAUUCUGAGUGGACCCCUCUUCCUCCUCCUCACCUCUGAACCCGGGCCUGGUCUCUCCCCCUCUCCUUUCCAUCCUUCUGUGUGCCUUUCACUGUGACUCUGCCUCUCUCCAGGCUGGACCCCUGCCCCUGCCCCCCCUCCAUCUCCCUUCACACUGUUGCUCUGUCCCGUAUUGUUGCCGGAUCAGCUGACAGAAUAAUCUCGUAGUCAGUCUGUCACCUUCUGCCAUCACUUGUCCUCAUCUGACAACAACACAAUCUGUGACAGUUAAACGAGUGCUUUCCUCUUUCCUUAUGCUAAGCCACCACCACUACUACCCUACCACGUAUUGAUUAUUAGUGCAACCCUUUCACUUCAUCAGUCUCUUUCUAACUGGUAUCAUUCACACUACCAGCCUGCCACUUACCAU